GCACCUUCAGCGCCAUCCCCUCCUCCACCCUAUGAAGCGCGCUCCCGACGAGGAAAAGAUCGCUCGGGAGCGCGCCUCGAGAGCGUGCGCUCCCCACGUGACAUCACCGGGACCAACCGGGAGCCGAAGAUUGUGGGGAGCGAAGCGCGUUCUCGCGGGCAGUUGCUACGGGCGGGAGAGGAGAGCAGAGGAAGAAACGGGCUUCGAGCGCGUGCGGACUCGCUCCCUGAGAGGUCUCUGCAAGACGUGUCGCCAUGUCCGAGGAGAAGCCCAAGGAAGGAGUAAAAACAGAAAAUGACCAUAUCAAUUUAAAAGUAGCUGGCCAAGAUGGAUCGGUGGUCCAGUUUAAAAUAAAAAGGCACACACCACUAAGUAAACUAAUGAAAGCCUAUUGUGAGAGACAGGGUUUGUCAAUGAGACAGAUUAGAUUCAGAUUUGAUGGACAACCAAUUAAUGAAACAGACACACCUGCACAGUUGGAAAUGGAAGAUGAAGAUACUAUUGAUGUAUUUCAACAGCAGACAGGUGGCAUGUGCUAAAUCCUGUCUUUUUGGGAAGAAGAAUGUAAAAUGUCACCUCACUUUAUCAUCUGUCCUUGGAUUUGCUAUUAAAUAGUAAACAAAUGAACAUGCCAAUCAUACAGGAAAUCUUCUCAUGUUCUGAAGACACUUACCCAAAUUUUUUUCCUGUCCCUGAUCUACUGCGUGUGCAAGUCAAAGCUGUAUCUGUGGAAAAUUACUUCAUCAUAAAAAUGGGCCCAGUCAAAAUUAAAUUUUCAAAUAAGUAAAAUACAGGUUGUUGUCUGCUGUUACCUUGUUUCUAUAAAUUGGUGGCCUAAAUACCAACCUACUAUACAGUGAGGAUACUAAGUCCUGUCUGGCUUUUGUUGUUUUUGUUUUACUGCUUAAUUAUGGUAAUGUAAAUAUUGAAAUAUUUUUCCUUGCGAUAUUAAGUUUCUCCUUGGAAUAGGUGGAUUAAGAAAGAAGGUUUUACCAUUAAACACAGAUUUCUCUGAAUGGGAUGUGCAGAAAGGACAGUACUUGCAGAUACAUGCUUAGUGGCAGCUUAAGGUAAUGCAAAUGUACAUGUGCUUUUUCAUAAUAAAAUAGUAUAGAAUGAAACAGUUUUUUAAAGUAAUGAAAUGUCUUUGAGUUUGUCAGCAGCAGUAGUAUUUGCAUAUGUUAACUUUCAUAUCUACUAUUUAACUCUCACAUGUCCAGGUUAAGAACCAGUGUAUUUGAUAAAAUGUUUAAAGAAUGGACCAAGACCAGAAUCCUCCUAGGAAGCUAUGCUGUUCAACUAAUCUUAAUGGGACUUGCGUGGGAGAAAUUCUGAACAGAUUGUUCCCAAUGAGAAUUAUUUCUUCUUACUGAUGUAUUAGGCAAUAAAUAAAAUUGUGUAUCUUAUUUCUGUCAUCCCUCUUGAAAUCUGAAUGUGUAACUUUAUCAACUACUUUCAAAUAUAUAGGCUGGGAUACAAAGGACCAUGUGCCAUGUUCUGUGUGCACAUAAGUGAUUUUUGCAUCCCCUUAUUCUUAUGGCUCCUCAUGCCUCCUGAAAAGCCGUCUCCUCAAGGGUUGGGGGACCGGAGCAGUGUGCAGUGCUGGAUGCCUGCAGGGGAGAGAUGUAUCCAGUGCCUAUUCACUAUGUACAUAUGGAGUCUUCUCAUACAUGGGGGUUCUGGAUCACAGCCAUCAAUUCAUAAUUAUUUUAAUUAUAUACUAAUGAGUAAAUAGGUCUUGCAUUUAAAAAUACGGAAUUUCAAUAUAUUUGUGGUAAAGUUAAAUGUGCAGGUGUACCGUUGAAAGAUGUUGAAUGAAAAAGCUCUGUAUAACAACGUGAUCUUAAAGAGACUUGCUGUGCUACUUCCUCAGAUAUUUUGAGUUUUAAAUGAAUUUUUGUAGUGACUUUCAGCUCAUAGUAUUUUUGGAUCUGUCCAAAUGAAAAUUUAAGGUCAUUCUGUUGACUUUCAGGAGGCUGUUUGCCACUGCUUGAGAAGGUCACUUUCUUCCUUUAAUAUCUACCUGUCUGUGUUAGAUCUGCUUGCAAGAAAUCGUGUUGGAAAAGGUCUUUUAUUUUCUGUUUCAGUUGUAUAUGGGAAGGAGGGAUAUUCUUUUAAAAUCUGUCCACCAAUUUGUACAACAUUUGUUGUCCUUUACUACUGUACACAGUAAAUAUAGUUUGAUACUUUG